UGCCAUCACUCGAUAUGGAGGACUAUGAACGAGAAGGCUCUUCUGUUCGCAGGUGGCCGUGCUGCUGUGUGCGGCCGUCGUGCUGGUGUCGUGCCGGCGGCGCUACCGCAUCCGCUACCUGGACGCCGACGACGUGGACGAUGCACCGGUGGUGUUUCGGCGGGGCCGGAGUCGGGACCUGCUGCGGGACCUGGAGGCCGUGGCGAGCGGUUCGGACCGCCCCGUGUACGUGAUACGCAGGCGCAAGCCCAAGGACCGCCGCUUGCUCGGACACAGCAGCCGCGAGAGGGUGCGCUUCGAGGAGCCACCGGAGGAUUUCGACGCCGAAGAAAGCAGGCGGCCGAUGAUGCCCCCGCUGCCUGGCCAAGAUCCAUUCCGGCCGACUUUUGUUGUCCAAGGCACGUACGCCCUGCACCCGAGGUCUCAGAAGUUGAUGCCCUACGAUGGCGAACACCCGAUACCCAUUCCUCGAGAAGUGUUCUCCCAGAUAUCGUAGUGCGCCGCCAGGCAGGCCUGGAUGGCACCGUCUCCCUACUGAGGGCAACUGAGACGCCUCGCCAUUGCAUAUACAACCAGCGAUAAGACCUGCGGCGCAGA